GCAGACACGUGGUGCGGGCGGGACGCGCUUCCGGAGCGGCAACGGAGCGCGUGGGACACUCCCUCUGCCUUGAAGCCAUGGGGAGACCCAGGAAGGAGCCCACCAGCACAUCCUCCCCUCGUCCGGCCACGGCUGCUUCUAAAACCAUCCCCGCUGCUCCACCACCUUCUGCCUCGGCCACCCGGGCCAAGGCCACGGGCACAAGCAGCCGAUCAAGGAGCACUCCAGCUGCUGGGGCUGCUGCCCCCGGCUGUGGGCAGGGGGCAAAGCCAGACGCCCCUCAGCCGAGACCGUCAGCAUCCCAGAGAACCCCAGGAAAUGCCAGGGACCAACCCAAAGCAUCCACUGGGAGUUACUCUGCAACCCAGAAGAAGUCACCUGCUGCCAAAGGAGCCACUGGUCCAGCCAAAGCUGCUCCACGACCACAGAAGCAGCAGUCUGGGGCUGACCCAAGUGGGGCCUGGGACCGGUUCCUGCCUUCCCUAAAGAACCAGGACAUCUCAUGGGUGGAGGAGGAGACCCGGGGCCAGCGAAGCAACCCCAAGUGGUACGAGUGGCGGGAGAACCGCAUCACUGCCUCCGUUGCUCCCAAGAUCGCCAACAGCAGGUUUGCCAACGGCAAGACGGAUGAGGUGCCCCAGUCCUACCUGAAGGCAGUAAUGAACUCCAGCCCCAAGGUGCGGACGCCUGCCAUGUCCUGGGGUAUCCGCAACGAGAAGGCGGCAGUGGAGGCCUACGAGGAGCUGAAGUCACAGGCAGAGGGCAAGCAGGUGCGGGUGGAGGACUGUGGCCUCUUCAUUCACCGGGAGAAGAACUGGAUUGCUGCCAGCCCAGAUGGUGUCAUCAAGGAGGCAGCCACUGGGAAGGCCCUGGGGCUGCUGGAAGUGAAGUGUCCCUACAAGCACAGGAACAGGACGGUUCGUGAGGCCUGCAAGGAUAAGGAUUUCUGCCUAGAGAUGGAUGGGGACUCCUAUGCCCUGAAGAAGAAUCAUGCCUACUUCACCCAGGUCCAGUGUCAGCUGGCAGCUGCUGGCUUCCAACGGGCUGACUUUGUGGUGCACACCACCAAGGAGACAGCUGUGGUCCCUGUGGAGUUUGAUGCCAAGUUCUGGGGGCAGACAGAGCCUAAGCUAGAGAAGUUUUACAUGGAGGCAGUGAUUCCCCACCUGGAGGGGAAGGCAAGUGGCUCUGUCUGGGCCAAAGAGGAGUAGAACCCUUCCCCACACACACCUCACUUGGCUGCACAAACCCAGCUUUUGCCCCUAGCUAAAAAUUAGGUCAAAUUUUGCUGCUGUUCUUGAACCAUUGACUGCCUCUGCCCCAAGGCAACUGCCUCAAAACUGAAAUGACACACCAGCAUGACUGUACUUUGGUAUGGGUCCCCUCAGUGUAUUCCCCAGCCAGACCAGCACUCUACCUUUUUGUCCUGUCCCCCUCACUGCAUCUCCCAUUUGACUCGAUGGCACUGCCCAAUAGAAGCUGAGGAAGCUGGUAAUGCCUCUGUACUGGAAAACAUACCUAUUUUGUGGAGAAAACUGGACUUCUUGGCACCUUGACUGCUGUCAGGACUAAAUUUUCUUUCCACCACUGGGUAUGUAGUGCCCAAGAGCAAAAUAGAAGUAAAUCACAGUGUGCCUUAAGAGUUGCAAGAGUGCAUGGACACAUUCCUCCAGCCGUUGGACCUGAUUGGAGUGACCUCAUGAUGGCAUUCAAAGAGGCUGAAGGUCCAGAUGUUCCUGUGGAGCACUCUUAUGUGCCACAGCAGGGUGGGGAGGUGGGCAUCCCUCUUUAAAUAAAU